GCUUUUUACGAAUCGUCAUUUUCUGAUCUCGAAGUUGGUGAGUCAACACUCACCGCGCUGUAUAUUUAUUUAUAUCGACAGUGAUCCGUUUUCUUUUUCACUCUCUUCUUCGAAAUGGGAGGUACUGUAGACCUGAGUAAAGCGUGUUGUACUGGAUUUAGUCUCAAUGUGAGCAAUCGUGCACUGUUUGUCACACAAUCGAUGUGCACUCAGUUCAUAUAAGGAGUGGGAUUGUAGAGGUGAUUGACCGACAGACAGAACGAGAGCAAGUUGUUGGCCAGGGGCGGAAUCAGCUAUGCAGAAUGGAGCUCUGUGUGUGAUCACUGCAGCAAAGUUUCCAAGGAUGGGUGAUGUUUCCCUCCAGACUUUGCAGUGCCUAUGGGGGCAGUGAUGUCUCCUGGAGCAAGAGGGGGUGCAGAGGCUAUGGUGCUGAGUUCGCAUGAACAGAUGUGUGAUUUGGUGUCUAGCUUGGGCAGUCGGAUGAAACUAGUCGGGGCUACGCCAGCACUCGUCCUGCAGCGUGGACUCGGAACUUGUCUAGGAGGACGGAAUGUCCACAACGUAGCUUGGGAUCUUGUGUAGGAGGAUGCAGUGCCUACAACGUAGCUUUGGCUAUGGUGUACCUAUAUUGGCUUUCGGUGCUGAGCUCUUAUCCUCUGGAGAUUUGUUUCAAUCUGAACUUUGCAGUGCCUGUGGGCGCAAUGUUGUCUCCGGGAGCAAGAGGGGUGGAGAGGCUAUGGCGCUGAGUUCGCGUGAGCAGCUGUGCGCUUCGGUGUCUUGCUUAUGCAGCCGGCUGAAACUUGUCAGAGUUAUGUCAGCGGUCGUCCCUCAGCGGUGACUGGGAUCUUAUGUAGGAGGAUGGAGUGUCGACAACGUAGCUUUGGUUCUUGUGUAGGAGGAUGAAGUGUCUACGACGUAGCUUCGGCGAUGGUGUAUCUAUUGGGUCUCGGCGCUGAGCUCUUAUCUUCUGGAGAUUUGUUGGAAUCGAGGUUUCACAUCUUGUUUGCUACUCAUUAAGUUCUGUUUGCUUCAGUGACGAAGCUUUCAUCUGAUGCAUUUUUGGUCUGUGAAGGCCAACUCCUGCCUUUUCGCAUGAGGGUUUCCAUGUAUGCAGAUGCAGAGAUUGCUGUUUGGGUGCCAUUGCCCUGCAGGUAUGGUUAUUAUACUGGUUAUAAGGCCCCCCGCUUGGUGAGUGCUUCCUCGAUCGGAUUUCCUUUUCCUCGUCUGCCCUAGCUCAUGAGAACGCAUGAUAGGAUCUAUUUGCCAGAGAGAAGAGUGCAUCCUAUAGCAUAUGCUGAAGAUCCACUGGGCAGACGCAGACGCCAACUAUCAAUUGCAGUGCAAUGACUGUCAAUCCACAGCGUAUACUACAACACAACGCUGCCGAGUGGAUGACAACUACGAACAACAUUGUCGAGGUCACGACUGUGCGAAACGCGUCCAACUCAAGACAUAGUUGCAGUUGCGAUUGCUUGCUGGGACUGCUAGUUGUUCCAGGGGAUGGUGUGGUAGCAUGAGUUUUCAGGCAUUGAGAGAGGUGGUUGAAUGGAAGGCUAGUCUGCCCGCACAGCCGUUUUGUCUGUUGGUCAAUUUGGUUGAAAAUUUUGUAAUGUUUUGCUAGAUUGAUGUGUUUUGUACUUUGGGUGGACAAUGAGGAGAGUAGCAGCCAUAUAAGGAACAGGAUCAUCGUGCACAUUUCCAUCUGAAGGGAGUGGCCCUGAUGCCUGCCGUGACAUGUCAACGAUGAGGAUUGGAAGAGUGCUCAAGACACGCGGCAAAGGCAGACUCCUGGAAUAUGGUAAGUAUACAUUUCUCUAUGGGCAAUUCAUACAUACCUUCUUCUGAAGAUUCGAUGCAGUGGACGAUGAGAACAUCAUGAGCCUUCAUCCAGCACAGUGUGCAAUAUAUCGAGCCGUAUGUUCAGAAGGGGCAGCUGCAAAUGCAAGAGGGACUAGGAGGGACAUGCUACAUAAGGACUUUCCCCUCUUUCUGUUUUCCUCUUUGUAUUCUCAAGG